AUGCUUUCGUCACCCACACCCUCUCCCGGGGAUUACAACGCGUUCAAUCAAGGUCCGACAUGGGCAGGGGGGACGACGCGCCGCCUCGGGCGCCGCGCAAAUUCUUUUCGCGGGGACUGCUGUCGGAUCCACACGGCCAAGCCAGACAACCUGAGCCACCGGGAGGCUCUCCACUCACUGCUGUCGUCGGGUGACUCGUCGCUGUCUCAUUUGGCGCCGGUGCUGCUCGGCGAGUCGCUCGCCAGCCUGGCUGCGCGGAUCCAAGACUCUCGCCCUGCGGCGCUCACGCACCUCAAGCUUCUCGGGGUUCAGUCGCUGCGCGACCGUCAAUCGCUGAUUAAUCGGGUCUCCCGCGCCGCGCGCGAGGGGCUCCUCCGCUGCUCCGUGCGCGCGCCCGUAGCAUCCGACUCGUUGUCGGCUGUGGAGGCGGCGCUCGCUGCGCUCUCGGCGCUCACAGAUCCCAAGCUUGAGGCUGCCGACGGCGACUCAUCCGAUGCAUCGACUCAUUCUCGCACGACGGCCGUGCGUAUGGCGCUGCUCAAGGGUCUCGGCCUGAGCGACGCGAGCGCGCGGAAGCUGCUCGAUCGGCAGCCUCUCGACGCCGCGGCGCUCGCGGCUCUGCUUCCGGCGGGCGAACUCGCUAUUGCGUGCCAAGAGCUGGGUAUGCCGGCCGCUCAGGCCCGCGCUGUGUGCGAUCGGUGUUUGGACGGCUCACCCGCGACUGGCGGCGCUACGCCCGAUCGGGCGGCGGCGGUGGAGGAGCGGCUCGAGAUCGAGCGGCGGCGGCGCGUCGAGGCGGAGAGCGAGGCGGCCCGUGCGGCGGGCUUUCUGUGCGGCGUGCGGCGGGCGGCGGGCAGCCCCUUUAGCAGCCCCGGCGUCGCGCUCUGCUUCGCGGCGGCGAGCCGCGCCGAGACGGCGGACGGCGCCGAGGCGGCCCUGCACCAUCUCCAGCCGCGCUUGGGCAUGCAGUCGGUCGGUUUUCUCUUGCCGCGGCCCCAGAGGCACGGCACAGAGGGGCAGGCGGACUACAUCGCCGCGUGCGUGGCGGCCGUCUGCGCCGCUGAGCGCGGCGUGCCCAUCGCAGCCCUCGUCAGCGUGGGCGCCGCGGCCGCCGAGCCCGUCCGCCUGUACGCGCGCCGUUGCACCGCCGCUUCAGCCGGCGACAGCGGCGAGGGCACGGGCACGGUGGGUGGCGGCGGCGGCCGCCCGCUGGCGCCAGCGCCUCCUCCUCAGCUGCGGCGCGGCAUCCGCCUCGCCCUCCUCGGCGGGCUCACCCCCACCCCUCUGCCGGGCACGGUGGCGCCGGCCGCCGAUGCUUGCGCCGUGCCGCCCGGCUGGCGCGGCUUGGCUGUCCGAUCGCUCGGGCGCGUCGCGGCGAGAGCGGCGAUGGCGGGGGAGCGGUUCCUCACCGCCGCCGCCCGCGCCUUCAACGACUGGUGCGAGGGAGCGCGGCGCUUGCGCGGCCCCGACGUCGGAGGCGGCGCGGCGGAGGGGGACAACGGCCUGGGCUCCGGGAUCUGCGCGCUCGCGGCUGCGCUCCGCCGCAACGCCACCCUCUCGAGCGUCGACCUCGGCGACAAUGGCGUCGCGGCCGAGGGGGUGGAGGCGCUGGCCGCGGCGCUGCAGGCGGGCAACAAGAGCUUGUGCACUCUUGGCACCGGCUUCAUCCGCGAGGCGGGGCGCGCGCUCGCCGGGCUGCCGCCGCCGCCCCACGUGGUGCUCGCCGCGGGAUUGCGCGCGAAUGCGGAGGCGAGCCGAGGGGGGGAGGGGGGGGCAGAGGGCUCGCCGACCGUCGCGGGGGCGGAGGCGCAGCGGGAGGGCGCGCCGCGUGCUGCGCCGCGCACGACGCUGGGCGAGAGGUACAGAAUGAGGAUGCUCGGCGGCGGGCCGGUCGGCGAGGGGGGGGGCAGCUCCGGCGGGCGUCAUGAGGGGGUGUAG